AUGGUAAUGAGAAUUCAUAUAUUUAAACAUGAUCAUCGUAUGGUUGUUCAAAUGCACACAGUUGGAACAUCGACUUGGAUAAAUAUUGAGGUAGAUUAUCCCAGGCAUUUGACAUAUGUGUUCAAACCUCCUACUUAUUUUAAUGGGGCACUUCAUUGGAUUGGUAGAGAUGUUGAUAGAAAUGCCUUGAUAUGGAUUUUUGAUUUUGACACAGAGCAGUUUCAAUUCUUCUCUAACACGCCCGAGGGUCAAGGUAAAGGCACCAUAUUAAAAUUCAGGGAUUCUCUUUGCUUCAUGUAUUUUAAUGAGCUGCUUAUCUCAAUGUGGAUGAUGGAAAGAUAUGGAGUUAGAGAAUCUUGGACUCCCAUUUUCCAGUAUUCCAUAACCAGAUCUCAGUUACCUAGUUGCAUGGCCUACCUUGAUCGUGAAAGUCAAGAGUUUAUGAUUUUUGCGACUCCUUGGUAUGAUUUCAAGGCUCAUGGCAAGUUUCAAAUGCUCGAACAUGUUCCUACUCUUAUCCCACUGAACAAUAUUAUCAUCGUAGAUAAUGUGAAGGUGCAGAAUAUUUACUCAUUGGAUAAUUCAAAUUGA